AUGGAGGUGUGGAGCAGCAAAGAAGAGAAGGGUUUGACUGAACUGGAGGACUCGACAGGCACCAUGAUAGCCUUGAACUCCUCCAGCCACCUCCUCCUCUACUAUGAUGCUGCUAACCACACCAACUACACCACCACCACCAACAACAUCACCUAUUUCCCUUACUACCAGCACUCCCUCCCUGUGGCUGCUAGCUUCAUCCUGGCCUACCUGUUCAUCUUCCUGCUGUGCAUGGUGGGUAAUGUGCUGGUGUGUCUGAUCGUGCUGGGGAACCGCCGCAUGAGAACCGUCACCAACCUUUUCAUCCUCAACCUGGCGGUCAGCGACCUGUUGGUGGGCAUUUUCUGCAUCCCCACAACGCUGGUGGACAACCUCAUCACAGGCUGGCCGUUUACCAACACUGUGUGUAAACUGAGUGGUCUGGUGCAGGGGAUGUCUGUGGCUGCCUCAGUCUUCACCCUGGUGGCCAUCGCAGUGGACAGGUUCCGCUGCAUUGUGUACCCUUUUCAGCCCAAACUCACCCUCUUAGUUGCCAAGGCGACCAUAGCGAUGAUCUGGGUUCUGGCCGUGGUAAUCAUGUGUCCCUCAGCAGCUGCCCUGACCGUGGAGGAGGUGGCUGAUCACUACAUGGUUUACAGCCAGAACUACAACAUGACCUACCCCCUGUACUCCUGCUAUGAGAACUUUGCUGACCCGAAGAUGAGGAAGGUCUACACCACGGUUCUGUUCGCCCACAUCUACUUGGUGCCCCUGACUCUCAUCACCGUCAUGUACGGGCGCAUCGGGGUGAAGCUCUACACCUCUGUGGUGUCAAGCAGAGAACCUCAGGAUGCAGCACCUCCUCCCCCCCCAGCAAGGCAUGAGGGGGGAAGGCCACAGAUCUCCCAGAAGAAGAUCAAGGUGAUCAAGAUGCUGAUCGUGGUGGCCCUGCUGUUCAUGCUGUCCUGGCUGCCGCUGUGGACUCUGAUGCUGCUGACGGACUACGGAGGGCUGGGAGAGGAACAGCUGGAGCUCCUCACUGGAUACAUCUUUCCCUUCGCCCACUGGCUAGCCUUUUCCAACUCUUCUGUCAACCCCAUCAUCUACGGAUACUUCAACGAGAACUUCAAGAGGGGCUUCCAGGCAGUCUGCCAGACCAACUCUUGCUGCCCCACAGGGAAUAGGGGUGAGGUAACGGGAAGGGGAACUAGGGAAGGUAGAGCAAGAGAUGGGGGUAAUGGUGGAUUGGACGGAGGCGGACUGAGGGAUCCCACAAGCAACCCCAAUCCUCUCUUGUUUGGGGCAAGAAACAAAGUAUACACAGACGGUAAUGUGGCAGGCUCUGUGCUCCUUGAGCUGGAGUUGAAGAAGAAUUCUAAGGUGGGAAGCAACACGGUCCAUAUUGAGGGCAGGGGGACUGGGGCGAGUGGAGGAAUGGGGAUUGGCUAUGUGAUGAACAAAAAGGGGAUUCAUGUUGAGGAGCCCACCAGCCCAAUGGGAGUGUGUCAGGCCUGGGAUCAUUAGUGGGGAUUGAAACCAUGGAGGUGAUUUCAGCAUCCCUUACGAAUAGAAAAGAUAGGCACAGUCUUAUUUCAUUUUCUUUCAGAUGAUGUGGUAUGUGGACUCAAGUCAACAUUGAAUUAGACCACAUGACAAACUUUGACCUUGGAGUCAUUCUAAGAUCCCUCCAACCACUAAAAAAAAGACCUGGGCCCGUAUCCACAAAGUGUCUGAAUAGAAAAUUGGUCAUAAUAAGUGCUGAGAAUAGAGACAUCCCACUGGGUGCACACUGGUUGAAUCAACGUUGUUUCAACGUAAUUUGUCAACGCGUUGUGCCGUGGAAUCAAUGUAGGAAUUCAUCAACCAGUGCCGUUUAUCAUAUUUCAACCAGCGUUGUAAACAUUGAAAUUAGAAUAAAACAAACUUAAAUACAUAGAUUAAACAACCUGUUAAUCUAAUUCCAACAUAAUAAUCAUGUCUACUUUAAACUGGGUUAAAUUCUACAUAGAAAUGUUCAUCUUUUUCAUCCUAUAUUCAAUAUACAUUGUUUUGGGUGGUUGGAAUUAUGUUGAAUUUCAUAUUUGAUUAGACAUACAGUGCCUUCAGAAAGUACUCAUACC